GAUGACGGAGAAAAAAGCAGCCAGGGCAGGAAGACAGAAGCGUUCAGCUGUGGUUCUGCUGCCUUUCAGCCUCCAAGCUCGUUUUCUCCAGCCAGACUGCGGAGCUUCAACAUCUGUUUCCUUUCACCUGCUGAAGGAGCAAAAUUAAGCCAGGAUGUGAUCAAUAUGUUGAAUAAACCUGACUGGGAGCUCCCUCGCCAAAAAUCCCUUGUUCAAAAUUUAAAAAUUCACCUAUUCUCCUUGUGCUAAACACCCACAAUGCACUCUACCCGGCCCUCUGUUCCCCCACGGCCACGUCGAUUUGACGGUGGCAGACGGACCGAAGCUAAACCACCCAAUCAUGUGACCAGAAGGGACGACAAAAAUAGCGUAAACAACAAUUCCUCCUCCCCUCGUCGUGUUACUCGAGGACCUCCGGAGCCUUCUAGGUUCAAGAGCGUAGGCCAGAGUCCACGUUCCACAGUGACUCAGCCUAAAUUGGUUCGGCAGCAGAAGAACAGUGUCCAACCAGCAUCGGGGAACUCAAAACCAAAAGCUGGACGUGCGGCAUCAAGCCUGGACCCGGCUGUUGUGGAUCCAAACUGUAAUGAACCCAGUCUGCCUUGCCUAUGUUGUGAUGGCCACUCACUUCAGGACAGCAAUAGCCUAUUUAAUCACAACCAUAACAACAAUAACACUGUGGCCCUCAGGCAACAGAUAAAGCUAGCACCUUCACCUCACAACGACAAAGAGGUAGAGAAGAAGCCAGAAAUAGGAAAGAAAGCCAAAUGUAAGCCAGAGGAGAAGCAGCCAGUGGCUAUUCCUGUGGCCAAGCAAGUUGACGACAGAGAGGAGGAAAAUGGCAAUGCAGAUAAAAAGAAUGAAGAUGAUCACAAGGAAGAUGAUGCUGGUGCUAAGGUAAAUGUUAUAGUAGACGAGAAUGGCAAUGGUAACAAUGAUGUUGUAGCUGCUGAUGAUGUAGUUGUUGAUGAUGAUGCUGAUGAUGACGAAGAAGAUGACGACGACGAUGACAAUACUCUUGUACCUUCAUGCUGCGAUUGUCCGGCAUCCAUGCUGGACUUCUCUCUCACUUCUUCUACCUCAUCUUCGUCCACCUCCAUCAGCAGCUGCUCAGAUCUGGAGUCUGAUUGCCCAGAUACCUUUUCAGUGUCGUUGCAGGAGCAGGAGCAGGAGCAGGAGCAGGAGCUUUAUCCUCCACCUCAUUCCCCAGUGCCCAAUGCUUUUCAGCCUUGCUCCCUGCCACUGGACCUCAGCACUUCCUUAAGACCACCACCAUUUCCAUGCUCCCCUGAUGAGGGCUACCCAUCAGCUCCCUCCUCCCCUUCUUCUGAUUUUAUGGAGAGCAAGGAACCUGAUGAACAAAAGGCAAUCAAAGUGGAUCUUCUGAAUUUCUUGGAUUCCAUAGAUGAAUUAGGCAAAGUCGAUCGCUUCUAUCGCAUUGUUCAGGUGGCACAUUGGGAGCUUGAGGGCGACUUUGAUUUGAGAGAUAGGCUGGUACACCAGGAGAGGCUUGAGAAAGUCAACAAGCAAGUGAAGCUUAUCCAUCUGGAAAGACUUCAGGAAGCUGGACAUGAUUUUGAUGAAGAAGAUCUCUCAGGAGUGUUGGAUGAGAUGGGCAACAUCGACAUUUCCUGGAAGAUGUACAAAAGUGACAAAUCAUGUGAUUCUCAGGAAUACAGCGAUGCAGGGGUGGAUAUGACAGCCCCAUCUGACCUUGAUGAACCUCCAGCAGCAGAUUCCCUUGUGCCAUCUCCUGUGGAACCACCUCCAAGGCCUCCAAAACCUCCAGCAAGGCACAUCAGUGCCCAACCAGAAUUGCACACAUAUAUGAACAUCAGUGGGAACACACCUUCAGUUUCUUCUGCCUCCUCCCCAGUUAAGUCUUUUAGUCUCUCAGUUUCUGCAUCUCCAUCUUCUUCUUCAGCUUCAAAACCCCCUGCUUUGCCUCCUCCACCAUCACAGCCUGUACCUUAUUUUACCCUUUAUUCUGAUUCACCCUCCCUACCUUCUCCCACUCCACCAAUUCCACCUCCAAGAAGGCGCCAUAAAGCCCGUCUAGAAGCCCAGAGGCUUGCUGAACUUGAGAAAGAGAAGACACCUCAAUCUCUACCUGCUCCAACCUCCAGACCCCCACCUUUACCACCUCCACCAGCCAUCCAGCCUUCUCCUCCUGCUAUUCCACCUCCUCCAACACUCCCACCUCCUCCAUCUUUCCACGCUCUGGAUGUGGAGAUUCGUAAGCUGCUGGCACUGGCAGGCAUCACCCAGGCUGAGCUGCUAAGACUUAGCCCUGAGUUGGGCGUCUGUGUGGAUGGCAUCUUGGAGGAAGGAGAGAUAUCUGAGAUUUCCAAGACGAGCAAGGAGGAGAGAGAGGAUGCAGGCAAGGUGAAUGAUUUGACCUGGAGAGAAAGAAACAAGCUUGACGUGAAAGACUUAGAUGCAGUCUGUAAAGAAGAUGAAAAGAAACAAGGAAGCAGGGAGCCCUUCAGAACAACAUCCUUCACUGAGAUGGCCAGGCGGCGCAAGCGAAACGGAGGGAGUGGUAACUCGAGCUGCGGCUGUGUUUUGGGGGAUGAUGUGAGCUUGAAUGGUGACUCAUAUUACAGCACUGAUAUUAGCAAUAAGGAGCUCACUAAUGCUAGCUUUGGCAGUUUUGAUUAUGCCUCAGUGAUACCUGAUACCCCUCCUCCUCCUCCGCCUCCUCGGCCUUUACCCCCACGACCACAAAUACUGUCCAAUCCCCCUGAGCUUCCCCCAAUAAAGCCAUGCACUCUUCCUGCCAAUGCAUCCAGGCCAGAUAGAUUUGAUUGGCUGAUAGCCUUUACCCCAGACAUGGAGUCUCCACCACUAAACAUUAAAAAAUCUUCUACUGAUGCUAUGCCCCAAAAAACAACUGGUCCAAAAGUCACUACCUUCAAAGAACUGCGAAACAGAAGCAAACAGGCUUCCCCACGAGCCCAAGUCCAACCAGAACCUGAACCGACGGUCAUCACCCCAGACCCAGAUUUCCUGUACAACCUCAAGUGGAGGAGAGAGAAAGCAGAUGGAGAUGGCACUCAGUGGGAAUACACUUCCCAAGCACAAGCCACUUUCCUCCAGCCACCACCUACACCUGCUUCACUAGCUCUCUUCAGGGAAAUGCGCCACUUGAACAUUCAAGGAGGUCCCUCUCUUGAACCCAGCACCAUUCAGCGAAGCACUCAUUUGGCCAGCAGGAAUGAUUCUUGUGAUUUUGGCGGUGAUUGGAAAGGAGAGCAAACUGAGGAAGAUGUGGAGAAGACAGAGGUGAGAGGAAUGGCCGAUGGUGAACGCACAUGGGAGUCAAGAACAAGAGUGUCCUCACCUCCUCCGUCCUUAGCAUUGCACAAUCCUUCACCCUCUCCCUAUUUCCUGCACUCCACUCCUCCAUCCCAGCCACCUUUGUUUUACCGUUCCGACUUUUAUAGGAGCCAGUCGAAGGCCCUUCCUUUUCCGCAAGUUCCCAGAAUCCCUACUGACUCCAUUAGAGACACCUUCCCCGACUCGCUGUACCGCGAUUCAAACAAUGGAGAAUUUUUCUGUCGUCAUAAAAAUUCUUCCAGUUACAGUAAUUCAGGCAGCAUUAUAGACUCUUUGUACCAGUGUUCCCAGUAUUCCGACAGCAAGAAAGACAAAUUCCUCGGCAAUGGGGAGGAUUCUUUCCAUGUUAGCAGGUUUAGCGCGCUGGAUGCUAACUGCAACGUAGAUUCGCUCCACUGCGACGACAAGUACAGAAUGAAAACCUUGAAGUUUGCUGACUUUGAGAAAUCAGAUGAGGGCAACACCACCCCGUACAAAAACAUCGAUAUGAUCAACUACGUCAAUGCAGGAAAGCUCAACGAUCUGAGCGAAAGUGCUAAGGAAGACGCUACUUUUUGGCUUGAUGCGAGCAGCGAGAAGGCUAAAAACGAACCCCAAAUCUCCACCCUCCCCACCCUCUACCUCUACCACCCCAAAAACUGCCCCAUGCACAAAGGCGCCCCCCCACGCUUGUCCCCUAUAGGAGCUAUCUCACCCCCUCACAGGGCUGGGCCUCUGUCUCCCGGGGCUGACGUAUCCCGCCUUUCUUCGCCUCUUUUCCCCCGCAGUCACACCCUCCCUGCUCUUGCUGCCCCGCUCUAUUACCCCUACCUUUACACCCCCCGCACUCAGGCUCCUCUACCAGAGCCCAAAGUCCACUCUCAGCAGCGUCCAUCGCCACCGCUCUCUCUGAGUAAGGGAUCAAUCGCGGUCCGUAGCCUGUCCUUUGCUGGUUCUGCAGCUAAAGGGGCGUGGAUGGGCAGUGAUGUGAGACCCCCGCUGAGAGAUGGUGGGCUGUCCUCUCUCUGCCUGCAGGAAAAACGAGCUCUGGUCAGUGCGGUCAGCGUGGCAGUGGAGGCCAUUCUGGCCCAGUUCAGCUCCUCUAGGACUCUGGUGCAGAAGUUCCACUCAGUAGAAAAGGCUCUCUCUGGAGACAGCAGCGUGAACCCGACGUUGGGCCGGCUGGUGCUGCAGUGUCUUUGUCCUGCACUGCGCGAUCUCCUCAGUGACGGACUGAAGCCUCAUCAGAGUGACCUCAUCGCUGGCAGAAGGCCAAACUCGCCCUGGGGUUUAGUUCAGGCCUCCACCAAACCAGGCCCCACCACCCAGGCCCUGUACAGUCUGCAGAUUAAAGUAGCUGCGCUCCCUCAGCUAAAGCACAACCGCCACAGGUUCAACUCCUUCCUGCUCGGCCUUCUCAACAUCAAGCGCCUUGAUUUCUGGCUUUCCCGUCUGCAGUCCUGCAGUGAUGUGUUGGAGACGUACUACCGGCCCACCGCCUUCAUGCGUCUUUCAGCCUCUUCCUGCCAGCCUCUCUUUGAAGAGCUCCUCCUCCUCCUGCAGCCUCUGUCUCUCCUGACCUUCAACCUCGACCUGCUGUUCCAGCACCACCACCUCGACCCCUCUUCUCCUGACCUCACUCCGGCCAGCCACAGUCCAGGGCUGUCCAGACCACCCAACCGGGGCUUCAGCUUCCACCUGCUGCCCACUUACCAGGCUGAGGGCAGCGGUGGGCGUCUGAAGAGCGUCUCCAAGCAAGACGUUGGCGGUUCAGUUGGAUUAAAAGCAAGUGGCUGUCGUAUGAGCCCCACAAGCUCAUUCAGCCCAGGCCCCGUGCAAAUCCAGUGCAGAUCAGUACCAGCCAUCAAUAAGGGGGAGACAAGCCCCCAGCUACAGUGGCUGAAGGAGAAGGAGAUAGAAGCGCCCCCUGGUGAUGGGAACGGGAACAGCCUCACCCAGCAGGCAGGCCAGGCCCUACAGCAAGGCUGGGGGGCCGUGAUGCGCUGGGGUGAGCGUUUAGGGCAGAAUUUGGGUGGGUUAACAUCCAUUGGCAGCUCAGAAGAAGCUGAAGGGGGUCCCACCGUGGUGAACCAGAAUGCUCACUCCACUUCAGACGCCCAGAGUCCAGGCCAGGAAGCCCUGCCAGCUGACGGUGUUCCUUGGGGUUUGGGCCGGCUGUUUGGAGCCUCCAAAAGCCCGAAUAACCUGCCAUCGAAAAGGCGUCCCUCUCAGUGGCUCUCUCCUGGUAUAACUGCUCUGACCCGUAUGACUGGUGCAGGUCAGGCCUUUCUGCCUGAGCAGAUAGAGCCUGUAAGAAAAGGAGAGAAUGAGAAAGUGACAAAUGAGGAGAAGGAUGAGACUGGAGACCAGCCAAAACCCCUGAGGGCGGUCAGGACCCUGUGCGAUCACACCGGCACGGGGGCGGAGCUCAGCUUCAGAAAGGGGGAGGAACUCAUUGUGCUGGGAGGCGUGGACCAAGACUGGAUUCGCUGUCGUCAGGGUGACAAGGAGGGCCUCGUUCCCAUUGGUUAUGCGUCGCUUAUCAUGUGACUUCGAGACUCCUGACUGGACGAUGGGCGGAGCUUAAGGAGAUACACACCAAGCAUCGAGUUGAUAUAGUGAUUAGAAACUGUGUAAAGUGUUCUCACCUCUGUUGCCUGGUUUGUGAUGUCUCAGAUGUUUCUUUCGCAACUCCUAGCAUUCGAUUACACGCAUACGUUACUGUAUAAAUGAUGAAUAUACAUAAAUAUAUAUAUAUAUAUAUAUAAAAUUAGAUUCAUACUAUGAGAAAUAAGAAAUUUGACCAAGAUAGAUAGACAGAUAGACAAACAAGAACUGAAACCAAAUUAUCAUUGUGUAGCGACUCAGUCCACAGUAAAUAGAAUUCAUCUUGUAUUGCAUUAUGAAAUAUCCUAUUCAUUAUUAUAUAGUGUAGCGAAAAAUUCAAGCUUGCUAAUGGAUUGUAAAAGAAAGCAUAUGUAUCAAAAUACCAGCUACUUUUGGGGUUAAAGAAGCCCCUUGCACUCUAUCUAAAAGUAGCAUCAUGAUUGUAUGCUUUAGAGUAAGAUUAGGGCUGGCCUGAACGGUAUUUUACAGAUUUGAAUACUUGUUAGUAUUUUAAGUGUUACUGUAGUUCAGCACGUGGCCAGUAGGUGGCAGCAAUGUAUUGAUAGUGAUAUCGCAAAGGCCACAAAGACUGGGGCAGUUUGAAGAGGGCAUAAAUUUAUGCACAAAAUUGAGCUAUUAUUUCAUUUAUUUUUAAUAUUUUCUAUAUGAUUCAUUCUACUAUUGAGGUUUACAGUGUAUAAAUGGUGAUGGUCUAAUUCAAGUGUAAAGCUCUACAUUGCUAGUAAAGCUGACCGUAACACCUCUUAAUAAAGGUUAAUCUUAAGAUCAUUUUUGUGGCUUCACCAUAAUGGUAGAAUGACCCCUAAUAUUAACAAUAACCGUUCUACCGUAAGGCCUUUCCUGGUCAUAUACAUGUUAAUUCAAGCUACAGCUUUUGUAACAAUAAAUACUUCAAUGUUCAAAUGAUUUGGGCCAGCCCUAAUGAAGUACUGUAGUGUACUGCAGAAAUUCCAAAAAUACAUAGGCACUUCCUUCACUAUAUGGCCAAAAGUAUGGACACAUGACCACACCAUCGUGAGCUUGUUGGACGUCCCAUUCUGAAACCAUGGGCAUUAAGAUGGAGCUGACCCCUUUGUGGCUAGAAUGGCCUCAAUUCUUCUGGUAAGGCCUUCACUUCCAUUUCACAAUAGUAGCACUUACAGUUGUCUGGGGCAGCUCUAGCAGGGCAGAGAUUUCACAAACUGACCCGUAUCAUAGGUGUCGUUCUAUUACAGUGCCACGGUUGAAGUCCCUGAGCUCUUCAGUACGACGCCUAAGAUUGGUGUCCACAUACUUUUGGCCAUGUCCUGUAGAUUAUCCAACAUGUAAUGGCAAGGCUGUUUUCUUAAGCCUUCUAGACCAAAAAGGCCCUCCAGUCAGGAAAUCUCAGUAAUUCAGUCUCAGAUUAGAUUUAAUCUGUGCUAUGAGACCGUUUCUGAGACUCGGACGGACAUUUCCAUAUUUAAUCAGAUUUUAGAAUGCCUAAUAUUAAUGCUUUCAGUUCCCCCAUCUCUACGUACCCCAUUAGCCUGAAGAUGUAAAACUUCUAGUAUCGUUGUUGUUGUUGUUUCUCUCAGUAGUGGCAGUAGAGUAUUUUAGUGUGCUAGUGUGCUGACCUUCCUAAUUUGUUAUUGAUUUACUACAGUGUGUUAACUAGUGUGGUUUAGAAGAUUUUAUCACGUGUAGGCUCGAUAUCAAUGACUAUGCAUAUACCGUACUGUACUAUUCACAAGACUCGUCGCCGGGGUAACCAUAUACGACUGACUGCAUUAUUCAUUUCUGAUUGUGUGAAUGCCGAGUCGGGGUUGUCUUAUUUUAAAGUUGCAUGAACAUAUAUCGACUGAGUUAUCAGUGUGCGUUCACGUCAGGGCGUUCUUCUCACCAAACCCACCUACGCAGUGACAGGGGGUGGACUAAAACUAGCUGAUCUAAGCCUAACACCGUUAUACUACCUAGAACCUAAUGCAUCAGGUGAGCUUCCUUAAAGAAACACUUCGGUCCAUUUUGGCCUCACGUGUAUCUGCUGCGUCUGUAAUAAAUGGUCAGUUACCACAGACAGUUCUACUUACAGCAGAAGCCAGUGGGCAGGUGCUGAAUCCUGGAAAUACAGCUGUUCAGCAGCUCUGGCUCCCUUCGCUUUGCCUGAAGUUCUGGUUUCCAUGGCGAUUAGGGGGAGCCUGUGAAACCUCAGCUCCCUCCCUCCUGGAAACCAGUCUAAUUUCCGUGGAAGUUGUUAAUCAAAAUCUACCACCUAAUUAUCUUUGUUUUUUUCAGGGUUAAGUGAAAUGGUGUGCCAUUGAUUUGAGAUACUAUCUCAUUAUUUUGAGAUAUUAAGGGAAUACUUUGAGAUACUAUCUAAUUAUUUUCAUUAUUUUUGAAGAGCUUUUUCAUUAUUUUGAGAAACUCAUGAUUUUGAGAUACAAAGUUAUUUUUUUGAGAUACUGUCUCGUUGUUUUGAGGUGCUUUUUCAUUAAUUUGAGAAAUUAUCGAAUUAUUUUGAGAUGCUGUCAUUAUUUUGAGAAACUUUCUCGUCAUAUUAGAUUCUUUCUCUUAAUUGUAUGAUGUUUUCUCAUUAUUUGGAGAUGCUUCAUGCUUUUGAUGUAAUGCAUCAUGUUAAUAUUAAUAAUUGAAAAAAAAACGAUAUAUACUUGUGUAUAUACAAAAACAUGAUAUAUAAUGAGACAGUAUCUCUAAAUAAUAACUUAGUACUGCAAAAUAAUGGCA